AAAAUUCACGAGAAAACGCGUGAGAAGCCAACUGUAUCCGGUGACCAAAUAAACAGCUUGCGAAACACAGCGAAAGGAGGAAAGACUAAUUGUUAGACGGAGGAUCAGCAACCCGUUCUUCGCCUAAUCUACACUCUUCCUCCUCAGCUAGUGUAUCCACCUCCACCAUGACUGCUGCUGUGAGAGGUUCUGCCCAUGUGCCCGUCCGAGGUGCUGGUGAUGGCAUGGAAACUGAAAAACCACCAGCCAUCCUGGAGGUAACCACAGAUACGCUGCCACCAGGUCCGUCUCCGGUUCCCCUCUUGAAGGUGGCAAGCCCCAAACACAGCCCCAAAUCUACCCAUCCUCCUCCCCCUGUGGCACCCCAACCUCUCGGGGUGCUCCACCUGGGCAAGGUGAGUCGAGAGGCCUGCACAGAGGUCGAUGCUGUGAGGAUCGUUGUCCCUCGUGCUGCUAUAAGCCGAAGCAGCCGUGCAGGGCCAACUGAGGGGAAAGGAGAGACUGAGGAGCAAGGCUCUCCCCCGCUGCCUGUGGUGGAGGACUGGAGAGGACAGCUGGAGAAGCUGCAGAACUCUGAACGCAGGCUGUUGCAGGACAAGGAAGGCCUUUCUAACCAGCUCCGUGUGCAGACAGAAGUGAACCGUGAACUAAAGAAACUGCUGGUGGCGUCUGUGGGUGAUGACCUUCAGUACCACUUUGAGCGUCUGGCACGAGAGAAGAACCAGCUGAUUCUGGAGAAUGAGGCUCUGGGCCGGAGUCUGGCACACACGGCAGAGCAGCUGGAGCGCAUGAGUAUCCAGUGUGACGUUUGGAGGAGCAAGUUCCUGGCCAGCAAAGUCAUGGCAGAGGAGCUGACAAAUGCCAGAGCAGCUCUGCAGCGUCAGACCAGAGAGGCACAAGGAGCAAUUCAGGACCUGCUGUUAGAGAGAGAAGAGUUCUCAGGGGACAUGGUGCUCACUCAUAGAUCUCUGGAGCAGCUCCUGGUGUCUCUGCAAUGGGGCAGACAGCAGACAUACUACCCCAGCGCACAGCCCCUCAGCACAGGAGAGCUGGCAGCAGCCAAUCAUAAGCUAGCAGACGCCAUCAACUCCCACCUGUUGGGCGACACCAGCAGCAGUGUGGCAAAAAGCAGCAGCAGUGCGACACCUGAACAGCUCUGCAGCACACCAGCAGAGAAGAUGGCUGAGAAGGUGCUGAAGAUUUUAGAUCCAAUUUCCUGUUCAGAAAACAAGGUGGAGCCCCCGCUCAGUGACUCGUCCCCCUCAAACUUUCUGGGCAAUAAGAAGAGCAUCGGCAGGUUUCACCCCUACACCCGCUAUGAGAACAUCACCUUUAACUGCUGUGAGCGCUGCACUGGAGACAUCCUGGUGCUGUAGAGGUCAAAGAGCGGCAACACGUCUUUAUCUGAGACCAGCGCAGCAUCAGAGCCCACUUAAAGUGACCAAGUAUGAACAGGAGCUCACUAUGGAGGAUAUUGCUGCCGUGUUGAGUGACUUUGUUAGUCAACACCAAAAGUUGGUCAUUCUGUGACAUUUUCCAUACCAGUAUGAGUCUGUUGCUACUCGUUUUUGUGAAAAGCAGCCCUAAUAAUUGGAUUUUUCACUAUUUAUGAUGAGGAUGAUUUUAAAAUCUGUAAACUUGCUGUUUAUUCUCUUUAACUUGAAUUUGUUUGUUCAGGAAUCAUGACCGGAUAGUGAUGAAAGAAAAAUGCAUUUCAGAGCCAUUGUAGCCUUGUUUAAACCAUAGAAAGAACUAUUUAUUGCUGUGUUGUGAGGUCAAGAUGAGUCAGUGUUACACGGUUAUUCAGACUUGAACAUUAGGCUAGUUUGUUUAACACUAUUAUAUUCAUAAUGGUCUGUUCUGCAUCAAUGGUACUGAUGAACCCGAGGCCGGAAGGGUCAACGUGUUGUUGAAAAACCCACCAGACAGUUACAAACAGCAGAUAGUGAGCCGUCACAUACACUGUGACCACAAUUACAAAAAGAACUGAGGAUGCACUUUAUAUUGCAGGGGUUUCCCCACUUGGUAUAAUGGUGCUAUCAAGUUUUAAAGCAUUGUAUUAACAUUUUGUGUAUUACACCCUGAAAAAGAAUAAUAUGCAUUAAGUAUUUUGGAGGUGAACUAAUGGAACAGCAGUAGACUGUAAUGAUGCUGCAGUAUUGUAUCAGUCUUUAGAGAAAGUGUGGAUAUUGUCAAGAGUUUGACUUUUGUGAUGUUUCAAAAAAAAAAAAAAAGAAGCAACAGUUUUCUAAAUAUUUCAAAAGGGUUUAUUUUGUUUUCAUUGAAUUAUGUCAGUGAUUUGGAUGAUGGGUAUUUUUUAUUUUGCAUUAUUUAAAAAAAAUAUUAUGGAUUUUUUUUUUCACUUCUGUGAAAUGACAAGUAAUAUAUUGCACAUGUCCUUUGCAAUUUUUUAAAACUAAGCUGUACACUAUUUUGGUUUAUUUAAUCUCAGUAUAGAAAACUGUGCUCUCUCUGCGGUGGUGAUAUUAUAAUUUACAGUGAAAGCACAAAAGAAUAUUUAUACAUCUUUUGCAAUAUUGUUUCUCAUGUCAGACCAAAAUAAAGACCAAAGUAGUUUCUA